CCGCGCGCCGGCCACCAGUUCCGCCUAGCCAUGACCGUCGAGAGCUCGUGUCUGCUGCUCGCUGUCCUUCCAGCCCUGGCAAUGUCGGCGCUCCUGCCGGCCUGCGAGGGUCCCACUGCGCGCACGGAGACGGGACAGGUGUGCGGGACGCGGGGCCGCUCGGCCGGCGGCGCGCCCUUCGCCAGCUUCCUCAACCUGCCUUACGCCAGGCAGCCGUUGGCGGCCCUGCGGUUCGCGGAGUUGCAGCCGGCCGAGCCCUGGGACGGGUACCUCGACGCCCGGACGGAGGGCCCGGUGUGCCCCCAGGGCACCGACAACUACUUCACCGGGCUGAUGCGGACCACGCUCAUGGACGAGGCGUGCAUCCACGCCGCCGUGCACGCGCCGCUCGCCGCGCUGCCCGGCCCCGGCCUGCGGGACCCGCCCCGCGCCAGCACCGGCGGCCUGCCUGUGCUGGUGUUCGUGCACGGCGGCGGCUUCAUCUACGGCGCCGGCCACACCGACCUCUACGGCCCCGAGUAUAUCAUCGAUAGACAAGUCGUAGUCGUCACCUUUAACUACAGGCUGGGAGCACACGGCUUCCUGUCUCUAAACUCCGGCAGUAUCCCCGGCAACAACGCGCUGCGCGAUGCAGUGACGCUGCUGAAGUGGGUACGGAGGAACAUCCGCUACUUCGGUGGGGAUCCGGACAACGUCACCUUGGCCGGGGAGAGUGCCGGAGCCGCCAUGACGCACCUCCUGGCGCUCUCUAAAUCUGCGGCCGGACUGUUUCAGAGGGCGGUGGUGAUGAGCGGAGUCGCGACUCACAGCUUCUUCACCGCGUCGCCGAGUAAGGCGAAAUCGACCGCCGACCUGCUCCUUAAAUAUUUGAAUAUAAAUGCGACGGACCCCGAGGAGAUUCACGGUCGACUGACCGAGCUGCCGUGGGAGGACAUCCUGGAGGCGUCGCUCAAAGUCGAGGCGGACGCCGGGCUGGUGGGUUUCUGCCCGGUGGUGGAGAGACCCGCGCCGGGAUUCACGACGAUAAUAGACGAGGAUCCCGUCCGGCUGCUAGAAAAGGGUCAGGACAAGGACAUCCCCCUACUCAUAACUUAUACCAACGCCGAAGCCCACUUCUUCAGAUUCGACUUCGAGAGAAUGGACAUAGUCCAACGCGUUAAAAACGAUCCCCUAAUACCGCUACCUCCGGAUGUGGUGAGCAAAACUACGCCAUCGACGGCUCUGGCGAACGCCAGAAAAGUGGACGCGAGAUAUUUCAACGGCGAGCCGACGGUGGACAAGUACAUCAGGUGCUUCUCAGAAACUGCGCUGCAGUUUCCUUCGAUAAAGCUGGCCGAGACGAGGAAAGAUAUGGGAUCACCCACGUUCCUACUCGAGUUCGCGUACGACGCCGACUUUAGUCCAAUAAAAGUAAUCAAAAACAUCACGUACGAGGGAACGGCCCACGUCGAAGACUUGACUAUCCUUUUCCGGAACAACUACAUAGAAGAUCUCCCGAGAUUCUCCCCGCCCACCGAACGGGAUAGAGCGAUGAGAGACAAAAUCGUCACAUACUUUACAAAUUUUAUGUCUUGCAGCGACCCGACUUGCUCCAGCGGCGCCGGAAGUUCAGCGUGGCCGGCGCUCCGGCGGGGCGAGCCGACUCAAUAUUUACAAGUGAAAGACGUGCCGGAGCUGAAGGCGCUGGACGAAAAUCAACGGGAAAUGAUGCGGUUCUUCGACGAUCUGAUCGCGAGUGAAGGACAUAACGUCGGCCUGCUAAAACCAUAUCAAUUAUCAUUUACUUUCAUGACCAUUUUCGGAGUUGUGACGCUUGUUGGACGUCCGGGGCGGGCUUCAUCUUUGACACAUGCUGCAAUGUUACUGCACAUCAUGACUCUACUGGGCGUGGCGCACCUCACCACGCAGCGCGUCAUCACGACGGCCCAGGGCAGGAUCAACGGCAUAGACAUGGAUGGAUACACUUCCUACGUUGGGAUACCUUAUGCGUCGGCGAGCAGCCCCUCCGGGAGAUUCAAGCGAGCAGGGCCGGCGCCGUCGUGGCAGGGAGUGCGGGAGUCGCACGACCCUCGCUGCUCCCUCGUCUCCGAAGUGGCCCAGUGUCUUCAGCUGGACGUCCACGUGCCCUCCGCCGGUCGCUCGCUGCCCGUUCUGGUAUGGAUAAAAGGCGGCGCUGGAGACUACGACCCCGGCGCUCUCGUCAAGCAAGAAAUUAUAGUCGUCGUAGUUCGUCACAGGCUAGGCGCAGCGGGAUUUUUAUGUUCCCAAACCCACAACGUCCCGGGAAACGCCGGUCUCAAGGACGCGCUUCAAGCCUUGAGGUGGAUAAGGGACAACAUCGUGGCUUUCGACGGCAACCCGCAUAAGGUGGUCGUGGGCGGCCAAGGCUUCGGGGCCGCGAUGGCGGAGGCCCUCGUGCUAUCGCCCCCAGCCCGGGGACUGCUACACGGGGCGAUCGUGCAGAGCGGCUCCGUUCUAGCGCCCUGGGCGUUCAACUACGAUGCGGACGACCGAGCGGCGUACCUGAGCUCUAAGUUAAACGAUACUGACCUCACGAAGGUUCUCGUGAGAACCCUGGCCGGCGCCGCCGAGGAGCUGGACGUGCCUUAUCUACCCUUCGCUCUAUGCGUAGAGGGUUCAGUCAAGGGCGAAGAAAAAGUUAUAUUCGAGCCUCCCCAUAGCACUCUAUCGGAUGGACGAGGGUCCUCCGUUCCCCUCGUGAUCGGAUACAACAGUAACGAGGGCUAUAUCUUCACCCGAGCGCUCCGAGACGCCGCGAUACUCCGGACCAUGAGAAGCGACAUGAACCUGCUGGUUCCCAUCGAGUUGCAGCGCGAUACAAAAGAUUUACCGGCCAUCGUCAACGAGAUUCGAGGUACAUACUUCCCGAACAACGUCACCAUGGAGGCGGUCAUAAAGUAUCAUGGGGACGCGUACUUCACGUCGCACGUGCAUCGCAGCGCUCGUCUGCACGCGGCGGCGGGCGGCGCCCCCGUGUACUACUACCGGUUCUCGCACGGCGGGGGCGGCGGCGGCGUGGCCCCCGAGCCCGGCGUGCCCAAGCGGGGCGCGGCGCACUCCGACGAGCUGGCCUACCUGUUCCCGUCGGCCGCCCGCCUCGACGACGACGACGCGAUCGUUCAGGGCCGACUGAUACGCCUCUGGACUAAUUUCGUUAAGUAUUUGAACCCUACCCCGGCGAGUACCGGCGGCGUGACGUGGGAGCCUACGGACGGCAGCCGAGCGCGGCUGCUGGACAUCAGCACGGAGGCCGUCAUGGUGGACUUCCCCGCUGAACGUGAAGCACGAUUGUGGGCGGACCUCUACGACAGAUACUAUGCGCGCGCCUGA